GCUCAUACAAAGACGUAGGCACUAUCAAAAUGUUAGCAAAGAUGGCUGACCGAUUAAAGUGACAGGACAAUUAAUAAUAAGCUCGUUAAUUUCUAAUUAGAUGUAAAGAGUAAAUUGAUAAUGAUUGUAUUUUAGUGUAAAUUAUUAUAACCUGUGAGAUGGGAGGGAAGGAGUCGAGACCGUUGAGUAUUUCCUACGAGGAUGCAACAAAACGAGUGUCCGAAUCUGAACUCAGAAGAUUGAGAGAAGCUUUCAAACGUACCAGUGCCAACGGAGUUAUAAGCUGCAAUACAUUCAUACAGGAUGUCCUUGGUGACUGCGUACCCACGCAAGUUGCAGAGUACAUAUAUGCCGCUUUUGGUGGAACACAGAGAGGCCUCAGCUUCAAGGAACUUCUCAGUGGUUUGGUUCUAUUGACACGAGGAAAGCAAGAUGAAAAGCUGCGCUUUUUGUACGACCUGUACGCGAAUGGCAGUGUAUCUCAGCUUGCCAAAGAUGAAUUGACGGGUGACGAAGGUUACGAGAAAGUUGUGAAAGGAGCGACUUAUGAAGAAUGGCGUGAUUGGCAGCUACAAAAUGUUGAAGCCUCUCCCCUUUCUCGUUGGCUACUUACAACGUCUGGUGCACUUACUCUUGGAAAUGACUUGGAAACACCAACGUUUUAUCAAAGCCUAGCAGGAGUUACUCAUUUGGAGGAAGCAGAUAUAAUUGAGUUGGAGAAACAUUAUUGGACAUUAAAAGGCCAAUCAGGAACAGGCAGGCUAGAUCUCGAAACCCUUGUGCCUAUGAUUUCACCACCAAUGCCUCUUAGUGUGUGUCCCGGUCUUGUCGCAGCAUUUGAUGAAAACAGAGACAAUCAUAUAGAUUUCAAGGAGAUGGCUUGUGGUAUUUCCGCGGCCUGUCGUGGUCCCCUCGUUGAACGAAUGAAAUUUUGCUUCAAAGUAUUUGACGGUGAUAGAGAUGGUGUGCUGAACAAGGUUGAAUUGAAACACAUGCUAGAGGUUUUAAUGCUUGUUCGAGAUGAUGAAAUAGAGGAAGGUGUAGAAGCAAAAGAAGAAAAAAAGGAUUUACCUAAUUACCCUCUGUCAAUGGAGGAGUGGCUAGUAUGGACAGCUGAAAAAGAAUUGCCUCUAGCUUUCCUGCGACUAUUGGAUCAGCUUUGUCACGUAGUUCUGGGUCUGAGACCACUAGGACGUAGUGAGGAGGGAGAAAUAGUAACGGGAUGGCUUGCUAGGGAGGAAAGACGCGGUUUGCGAGUAGGCCAAUUUUGGUACCUUGUUGCGGCACAAUGGUGGUCUCAAUGGCGGCGAUAUUGCUUGUUGGAUGGUCUUACAUCAGAAAGCAACACCACUGUUAGUGAUUCAGCAGCACCUGGACCAAUAGAUAAUUCUAAUCUUGUAGAAACAGUUAAACAAAAGGUACCAGCACUGACUGGAGAAGGGGGUCGUUUGAGACGUACUCUAGUGAUGACUGAAGGAAGAGAUUUUCACUUGCUUCCGGAUGCACUCUGGAAAGCUCUUGUACAGUGGCAUGGUGGUGCACCUGCAUUACCUAGACAAGUUAUCCUACCAGCAACAGGUGUUGACGUUGAACUGGAACUUUACCCAUUAGUCCUACGUCUGCUUAUGCAUCGUUCUCUUGGUGUGCAGCAGCAACCAUUACCGUUACCAUUAAAUGGAGUUGGAUCAUGGCUACCAUCAUCCUCGUCAAGUGGCUGUUAUAAGCGACAACUAAUGUACAUUGCUGCAUUUAGCCGGAUGGCUACGGCUGGUCAAGUCUACCAAUUCUUAUGCAAUCGCUUAAGGUUAAUUGGUGAAGAUGUGCGCUUGUGGCAUGUUCGAGAUAUCGGAGCAUCAGGAGGUGGAAUGACUCUUCUGGAAGACGAACACGCUACGCUAGAAGAAUUAGGUCUCCAAGACGAUAGUCAGUUACUUAUUGAGGUACGUAACAAAGAUCAAACAUGGCCAGAAGAAUUAGGCCGUUUGCGAGACUCUACUAAAGAUGAUGUAAGCAAAGGAGCUGGAGAAAAAGGUGCUACUGGCUUGAACAACUUGGGUAACACCUGCUUUAUGAACGCAGCCCUACAGUGUGCUAGUAACACAGGUCCAUUGACUCGGUAUUUCAUGUCUGCCUCGCACUUACGUGAGCUGAAUACCACAAAUCCUUUAGGAACUCGCGGUCACAUGGCUGUACGGUAUGCUGAACUUCUCCGUGAUAUCUGGAGUGGUUCGGCACGUAGUGUCGCUCCACUUAAACUGCGGUGGACUAUUGCGAAAUAUGCUCCACGCUUUGGAGGAUUUCAACAACAUGAUUCACAGGAGCUCUUGGCAUUUCUACUGGAUGGCCUACACGAAGACUUGAAUAGAGUACGGGAUGCACCAUAUGUUGAGUUAGCAGACUCUGAAGGUCGAGAAGACGCCCAAGUGGCUCAAGAAGCUUGGGAUAACCACCUACUUCGGAAUCAAUCAAUUAUUGUAGAUUUAUUUCACGGCCAACUCAAGUCCACUGUUCGAUGUGAACAUUGUCAGUGGGAAUCUGUUAGGUUUGAUCCCUUUACUUACCUUACUCUGCCUCUUCCCAUGGAGGGUUUAAUUCGUCGAGAGCCUUUAGUUGCGCGACUAGAUGGAGGUGUUCCUAUUCGUUACGGGCUUUUAUUGCCGACAGAUGCGGAUUAUUCAGCACUCAAAACAGAAUUGAGCAAGCUAUGUGACGUACCAGCAUCGCGUCUUUUGUUGGCUGAAGUCGCAGCUAAUAACAUUGAACGCUUUCCGUCUGAUAGAUCUACUGUCCAGGAGGCAAAAGCAGGAACAAGACUAUAUGCUUAUGAAGUACCUGCCUCUCACUAUCCACCUAGUAGAAAUCAGCAGCGUUCUAUGACUGAAGCAUCUGAAGAACGUCGUAGCUUCAAAGCUAUUCAAAUGUCAGAAACGCCACCUCCACCACCGCCGUUACCUGUGUCUACUGAAAUAAAAGAGUACAACAACUAUGGUAGCGAUAGUAGUUCCAACAACUCAUUAUCUCAUGGUAAUGGAUAUGUAAUCGCAUUACAUCGUAAAAUGAUAAGACAAGAUUUGUACUUUGCAAGUUCACAAAAAACCAGACCAAGUUUAUUCGGUGUGCCCGUUGUCGUGCCUUGUGGAGAUGGCACCACUCAUCAAGAACUUUAUAGAAGUGUGUGGCGUCAAGUAGCAAGGCUGGUCACACCACUGCCACCUACAGAGACAGCUGCUUCACCCAAUCAUGCCCAAGAUUGUGACGAUAGUUUGGGUUACGAAUUUCCAUUUGUACUACGUGCAGUGGAUCGAGAUGGCAGGGUAUGUGCCUGGUGUCCAUGGUACAAGUUUUGCAGAGGUUGUCGUAUACGUUGCGAUGGAGAGUUAAUGACGGCGGAAUCGAUGGGAUCAGGAUUGCCAGUUACACAUUUAGCAAUUGAUUGGGAUCCAACAGCCUUGCAUCUACGCUACCAAACUGCUACAGAACUUAGCUGCGAUGAACAUGAAAGUGCUCCGCAGGCUAGAAUUAUAGAAAGUGCACCAUUACCUUUGUCUUCAUGCUUAGCAGCAUUCACUAGACAAGAAUCAUUGGAACGUUACCAUUGUCAACGUUGUGCAGAGCCGAGAUCUGCGACAAAACGUCUACAACUAUGGCGGUUACCCCCUGUUUUAGUAGUUCAUUUAAAAAGAUUCCAUUGUGUUCGCGGCAAAUGGGUCAAGUCGCAAAAAGCAGUACGUUUUCCUUUGAAAGAUUUUGAUCCCUCUGAAUAUCUAGCCGAUCCGGAACACCACCAUAGGCUCAAUCAUCACAGACUGCAUCCUUCUGUGAACCCAGAAGAUGUCAAGUAUAAUUUAUAUGCUGUUGUGUGUCACAGUGGAAUCAUGGGAGGUGGACAUUAUGUGAGCUACGCACGUAAUCCUGAUGGAGGGCAAUGGUAUUAUUAUAAUGAUAGCAGCUGCCGAGAGUCCAGCCCUGAAGCGGUGGCAAAUGAAACUGCAACAACGGCGUACAUUCUAUUUUAUCAACGAAAUGGCCUGUCAGAAGAAAAGUAUUUGCCGUCUAUUUCUCCUGAACAAGAACGAGAUUCGCCAACACCUAAUCUAGAGUUUUCAGACCCAGAUGAAAAUGAACUGCGGAAAAUGUGUACUAUUACUUAAACCUGAAUUUAAUCCCAAUUACAAUCAUAAACAAAUCCAAAGAGAGUAUUAUGGAUAGUUGAAAAAGUCGUACCUAAGAGUUAAAUCCUAUAUCAUGGGAAAAGUAUUGAACAUCUACUGCAAAUAAUGAAUACCCAGCUCGGAAUACAAUAGAAAAUAAGUCAACCGCAUAACAGUAAUAUAUGUAGCUUGAAAAUACAGUCAUAAAAUGGAAAGAAUUUUACUCAAAUACCAUUGAGUUUUCCAAUUUACGGCAUGCUAAGAAAAAUGAGACCGUAUCUGAGGAUUUCCGUCGAGAUCAACCAUUCGAAAGAUCGGAGUUCUUAAUGAAAAAACGUUGAAUAGUAUUUUGAGAUUCGUUUAACACAUGCCUGGUUUAGCAAGGAAAUCCCCAUUUACAGUCAUUUAUUCGUUGGUAAACGCGAGACCUGGAUGAGAGAGCCGGUCUCGCGAGAGUCAUUAUGCGGUUCCAAGUAGAAUGGCAGCGCUAGUCGGACUCAUAAUCAGUAAUGAAUAAAUAACCCUGUAUUAUUUCUUGAGCAGAUGAGAAAAAAAUCAAAUGUGUAAAUAUUCAAUACGAAAUCAAUUUGAUUGUUAGUACGAUAGACUAUGAAAAAGCAUCUUUUUUCCAAAAUAUGAGUUACUAAUUGAAUUGGUCGAAUAGGAGUUGAAGGAAGAAAAUGGAGUAUUUUAUACUAAUAAUAAGCCUUUAUGAGUUCUUGGCUUUUAAUAUUGUGCCUUAAGCUAAAUGGAAAGUCUGCGUGCAAUUAUUUUGCCAGUAUUAUAUCUACCCGAAUUCUAUAUAAAAAAAGAUGUAAAAAUUAUAACAAGCAAAAUGACAGAAAUUUAUUUAAUUGUGUACAAUCUUCAUUAAAGUUGACACGAAUUCUCUGGUAUGGGGAAUUUCAAUACGAAAUUCACAGCUGUCAAUCUGUCAAAUAUCAGAAUCUUCAGGUGAAACUUUGUCGUAAAUCAAUUCCACUAAUAAAGUUCUCGGGUGAUUUGGAAAAAAGUUCAUCAGUUGAGCACCAGCUUAAGAAUGUACAUAAUUUUUUUCUAAUAAGUUUACAAAUGUGUAAACGAAUCAAUGAUCAACAACUAGUUUUAAUGUAAAAUAAAACAAACAAUAUUACACUCAUGAUUGUUUUAUGAAACAGCAAUCACUUUAAUUUACGCUAAUAUAUCCAGAACUCUAUCCCAAUAGUCUUGUAUAAUGUACAUAAUUAGCCAUAAUUUCAAUAUUAUUUAUUGAUUAGUGCCAUUCCACUGCCUGACGUGCACCUGUAAUUUGUUAGGCACUAUUUCAAACGCGAAGCUAUCGUGGUACUUUUUAGUUUUAAAGAAAAUGGUUUAGUAUAAAACGAUAAUAUAAACGCAAUUGCCACUUUUGUAUGUGUGUCAAACUUGGAAUCAUCAACUGAGACAGAUCAUCACACUACGCGAAGUAUGCAUGAAUAGUCGUGAUGAGGCAAAGUGGAAUAAUUCGAUAUAAGAUCAAUUUUUAUGCACGACGUGCAUAUAUGCAUGUACUUGUAUUAUAUUAUAUACUUGUACUAUACACACGAACCCAUAUAACAUAAAUGAUGUAUUUCAAAAGAGUGCUAAGAAACACCACAUAGUUCAUUUUUUAUUCCAAGCAUCAAAUGUGUUUGAAAAGGUUUCCAAAUGCAGUAAAUUUAUCUUCACCAAUAAUCAAAAAAUAUACCAAGUCUUAAAUUUAUGUAUAGCAUGAAAUAAUAAUGAUGAUUGCAAUUUGUACACUGUUAAACGUACGUUAAUGUGUCUUGUUAACGUAUAAUAAAUUUUCUUCGAUAUAUCAAUGUCUAACUUUAAUGCAACAGUUUUUAAGGGUUAGUCUACUAAAGUAUGCACCAAGUCACAAAGAAAGAUAAGGAGCUCAUGCGAUUGUUCUAAGCGAAAAUAAGAUGAGAAAAUUCCUCAUUUAUAUGAUACUUCACUGCAAACAAGACCAUUUUUUGCUAAACAGUCACGAUUUGUAAAUAACUAGUUGAAUUUCUUCCUAAAUUAGUUUCAGAUCACUACAUGGAAUACGUAAUACCGUAACAGAAGAUAUGUUCUCAGGAUCAAAGUAUGGUAUGGCAGUUGGACUUAUUUCAGCAUAUAUGUGAUGAGGGUGAUGCGACAAAUGACUGUUGCUAAAAAUGACAUGCAAGAACGUGGGGCAAUCAUAUUCAAUGUAGUUUUUUAAGUCAUUCAAUCAGUUGCGAGGCUCAAAAUCUAAAUAAAAUUUUUGCAAUGGUAUGACCUAUCUAUAACGAUCAUCAGCUUAUACGGGAUUAAUAAUUUGGCUAUUAAAACAAAAUGAAAUCAUUUAUCAUGUCCAAAAGAUGAAGAAGAUGGAUAUACAAACAAAUUAUGUUGUAUUCUUCAAUGUACCCAUCUAUUACAAAAGUCGAAUGUAUUUUGUCACUCCACCGCAGAGAACGGAGGUUGAUUUUACGUUAAUCUUUACAUUCAUUAGUUUAUGUAUGAAGUGAGUUUCAGUUGAACUAUUUCACAGAAAAUAAGUUCAUUUAAACGUAAAUUUCAUUAGCAUUACUCAAUAAUUUAAAAGAUUAUUUUUUGAUAUGACACAUAAAACUCAUUGAUAUGUAUAUUUUAUUCUUUUGUUUCUGUAGUAAAAACUUCUGUAUGCGGAAUUACUACUG